UGUCAAUAAUAACUAUUGUCAUUGUCAUUGAGUCAACAUAUAGGAACUUCAAAAAGUUUUCGCAAUUUUUAUAUUGAUUUGUGUAAAUAAAACUCUUAAAAAUGGCAUAUUUGACCCAACCGGACUACAUUAAAUAUGUAUGUUCUUGUGGACAGCUAAAACCUAUAACCAAUCUAUAUUUUUGCCGACAUUGUUUGAAGAUACGAUGCGGUUUUUGCAUUUGCCAUGAAGUAGAUUCGCACUACUGUGCAAAUUGUCUUGAAAAUAUGCCAUCUUCUGAAGCAAGGCUUAAGAAGAAUCGAUGUAGUAGCUGUUUUGACUGCCCCAGCUGUUUUCAUACACUGUCAACACGUGCAACCAUAGCACAACCACGGCAAGACCCUGCUGCUGGAGAUGCAAAAAUUGAAAACAAGCAACCCAAGAAAAUGUACUAUUUGUCAUGUUUCAACUGUCGAUGGACUUCUCGUGAUGUUGGGAUUCCUGAUCAACCUGUCGCAUCUGGGGGUUGGCCUGAGAGGACAAAUCCUUUUGCGGCGCGAGUGAACCAACUCCUCGACUACUACAAGGCUAUCGCUCAACAGGAGAAGCAAGAGAAGUUGGACAGAGAGAGAAAGAAGUUUGCGAUCAGGGGGAAAUACAUGAACCUUACAGAUAAAACAGGUUUGACUGGCGCAAUGGCACGCAACAUAGCAGGUUUGGCUUCUAGCGAGAGUUCAUCGUCAGCUAUUGCCAACUUCGUGCCAAGUCAAGCCAGCGAAGAAGUCGAAGAGCUGCCAGAAGACUAUCACACUCAAGAGGUUAACUUAAAACAAAUAACGUCGAUGCGGCAACGCCUGCGCGCGGCGGAGUGGCAACCUCGCAGCGCGGCGCGCCUGCAGCCCGCGGCGCGCGCGCUCAGCGUCAAGCGCAGCCAGCGCUGCCGCGCCUGCGACCACAACCUCACCAAGCCCGAGUACAACCCCGGCUCCGUCAAGUUCAAGAUCGAGCUGCUCGCCUACUAUCACGUCCCCGAAGUGAAAAUCAUCUCGUAUGAAACGGUGAAACCGGGAGAGACUACAGCUUUACUGUUAAAGUUGACCAACCCAACCGCUCACGAGAUGCAGGUGCGUCUGCUGCAGCCACAGGACGUCCCUGAAGUCGAGGAGAGGGAGGAACCCAAGAGCAUCGAGAAAUCGCUUGAGAAAUCUCUGAAUCUUGAAAAGGACUCGUCGUGGAGCAAAGUGCUGCAGCGGCGCGCGGCGCUGCCGACGGCCUGCGCCGUGCGCGCGCCCGACGCCGCCCUCACGCUGGCGCAGCGCGACGACGCCGCCGAGUACGACGACGACCCGCAGCACGACACCAGCGAUAUCAUCAUGUGGCGCAAGUCGAACAAGCUGGCGCUGCGGCUGCAGGUGGCGACGGCGGCGGGCGCGGCGCCGGGCGGGCCGGCGCGCGCGGCGCUGGCGCUGCAGUACUCGUACCGCAACACCGUGCCGCCCGCCGCCGCCGCGCCCGCGCCGCGCGACCACACGCUCUACACCACGCUCGUCAUACACCUGGGCACCGUGGCCGAGUAGGGGCGAGACACAUCACCGGCUCGCAUUGUAUUACUGCGACUAUGUUUAUUAGAAAUUCAAUAGUCUACGUUAUAUGUAUUUGUUUGGUUAUAUUUAUUUAUUGUUCGGUUACGAAAAUUUAAUUUUGUUAUAAGAAGUAAUGAAUUGUGGAUCCAACUAUACACUAUAAGCUGCAUACAGUGUUUUAAU